AUGAGUAAUUAUAGUGAUCAUCAGAAGAGUGGUAAUUCUUCUUACGCAUCUUCUAGUAAUAAUAAUAGCCGAGGAGGAAAAAGACCAUCCAGAGGUAGAGGAAAUUAUCAUCAUACAAGUAGUGCUGGUGGUAGUGGCAGCAGUGUUAGUGGUGGUUACCAUCAUCAUCAUGCCUCCCAACCACAACAGCCUCCACAACAACAACAACAACAUGUUAGAGAGGGUCCACCAAAAUACAAAAAGAAACAACCUCUCGCUUUUGUCAAGAUUCCAUCUUCAAGUAGUGUUGAAGAACAAGAAGCUAAGAAACAAAAACAAGAAACCAAAAUUGUAAAUAAUAAUACAAUUAAUGAUGAACAAGUUGAUGCCGAUGAUGAAUUAGGCCUCGAUGUUGCAGACUUUAUUCCAACAUACAUCAACAGAUUCCGUGAACUUUUGACCACAUUGUAUAGUAAUAGCCAAUUAAAUCAAGACCAAUUGUUAAAUAUUGCAAAUAGAAUUUGGAGUGAAGUUUUAGAACCAACACUUCUUGCCGAAUUAAAUCCAAGCCUAGAAUCACUCUAUACAGCAUCAUCUAGGAAGGGAAAACUCACGAAUUUUAUUGGUGAUAAGGAUAUUAGACUUGUCACAGUAAUAAUGGGCAUUGAUAAGCUGAUUACUAAGGUUCAUCAUUCUAGUAGCAUUGUAGAAGUUGUUCCAGAAUUCAUUUUACAUCAAAAGGGUAUUAAAGUUGAAGGAGAUGAUAGAAUUAUUGAGUUGCUUCCUCAAUUUGAUACACUCUUUUUCGAGAUAUUAACACAUGAAACAAGAAGAAUUUGGAGACAAUCCAACUCUGAUAUGAGUAUUAGUAUUUCCAAUUUUGAAACUGAUUUUAACAAGUCUCUGGUUGGUUGUAAUAUUUCUCAAUUUGAGAAGCAAAUUGAGGAAUUAAAGAAUGAAAUUGAGCAAUUGAAAAAGUCAGAAUCUAUCUAUGCAAAGAAGAGAAAGGAAAUUGAGAAUGAAAUUGAUCGUUUAAUGGAAAAGUCUUUGGACUUGAUUGAUUUGGUUGAAGAAGCCGAGAAGGAAGAAAAGCUUUCCAAGAGAACCAUGUCUAGUCGUUCAUUGUCAGAAGAAUCUGAUGAAACUACAGAGGAUGAAGCAAUCACACCAAAGACCUCACAACCACCAGUUGUAGAACAAAUUCUUCCAACAACAAAUGUCAGCCAAGAAGGCAAGACUGUCUUUUUGCAAAAGAUUGCAGCACUCAUCAAGGUUGCCCAAGCUGAAGAAACAGAAAGUUCCGAAAAGCUCAAAACCUACUCUACCAUUGCUUCAAUGAUUGAUGCCUCUUUCAAUUAUUUCAAGGAUAAGAGUAAUCAAACUGAAGGUAUUGUUCCUUUGAGCUAUUCUUCGAUAUCAACACCAACCAUUCUCUUCUUGUUGGACUUUUUUAAGGAAAAUCCUGAAAAGAUUCCAUCCAGUGUUAUUUCCAAGGUUUUGUCAUUGACAUCUUGCUCUUUGAAGGGAAGAAGAUUUGAGGAAAAGAAUGAAAUAUUUGCUCGAUAUCAUGUUGUUUUGAUGCAUUUUACCAAGUAUCUUACUAUCAGAAAGAUGGAACUUUUCAUGAAUCUUAUGAAUAAGAUUUCUUCUUCUCUCAAUGGUGUUGAUUCUGAAUUUAUCUUUUCUCUCUUGAAACAAAAUGCUCCUACACAAUAUAGAAAUGGUAAUACUCUUAUGGGAUUCUCAGAUAGAGUUAACUUGGUAAGAUUGUGGCAAGUACAAGCAUUCUGUGCUACUCUCGUUAUGACUAAUCCAAAACUUGCCAAUCAAAUUUUCACCUUCUAUGAACGUCACUGUCUCUCAUGGAUGAAUCUUUGGGAAGAAAUCAAAAAUGUUUGCCUCAGAGAAACAUCACUCACUGCCGUAAAGAAGAAGAAACAAAAGAACGACCUAGCUUCAUCAUCAAACGUAGCUAGUGCAUCUUCAUCUGAAAAGGAAGAGUCUGAAGUUGUAGCUGUUGCCUCUCAAAUUACAGAAAAGGUGCAAUCACAAGUUGCCAUUAGUGAAUCACUCGAAACUGACAUUCAGAAUAUUGAAACUCAAUUAGGUAAAUCUCCUGAAGUUUUAAAACAAGAAGCUGAAGAACAUACCAUGCUUCAAAUAACUAGAGAUUGUACCAAGAUUUUCAAGGAAGAACUCGAACCAAGUGAGGAAGAACGUAAGGGUAAGAAAGAAUUGGUAGAUGAAAUUUCUCAAGUUAUUCAAUCCCUCUUCUCUUCUAAUCAAAAUAUUGGAGAUCAACAAGUUCAACCACCAAAGAUUUAUACCUAUGGUUCCUAUGCUAGCGACUUGAGUUUAAAGGGUUCCAGUGAUAUUGAUAUGUGUGUUUCAUUUGCAGGUUUGGAGAAUAUUCAAGAAAACAGCAAGAUCCAAGGUAGAUUAUUGGAAAUGAUAAGAAAGGAAAUGGACGGAAAGAGUAAGAAGGAUACCAACACUCUCUUCCCUCAUUUGAAAUCCCAAAAUCAAGAAGUUAUCAGAAGCAGUAGAGUACCAAUUCUCAAGAUUCAUGAUAACAAGAGAGAUUUGGAUUGCGAUCUCUGUGUUGCCACCUAUUUGGGUGUAGUUAACACUAGAAUGAUCAGCACUUAUUUGCAAGUCGAUUCAAGAAUGUUGGCCUACUAUAAGGAAAAUGGUUUGGCAACCCUUGCUGAUUCUGAAAUUGAUAGAAUCAAGACCUUUAUUUACAUGAUCAAGAGAUGGGCCAAGAGAAGACAUAUCAAUGAUCCUCCAGGUGGUUCACUUUCAUCAUACAGUUAUGUUCUCAUGUGUCUUCAAUUUUUGCAACAUUUAGAAAUUUUACCAUCCCUCCAACAAAUUGCUGAAGAUACAUCACUUGGAUUAACUGACGAAGAUUAUUCCAAGCCACAACAUGUCAAUGCUUAUAAUACCAAGUAUUUGAAGAAUUUGGAAAAGCUUCCAACUAUUUGGAAAGCCAAGAACCCUCAAAAGGUUGCUUCCUAUACACUUGGUCACUUGAUCUACUUGUUCUUUGAAUUCUAUGCUAAGAAGUUUGACUUUGAUACUAAUUGUAUCUCAAUUAGAGCUGGUAGUCCAGUUCCAAAGAAAAAUGCCAAGACUAUUAUUUCACUUGAAGAUCCAUUCGAAAUUCGUGAUCUUGGAUGUGUUGUUUCUAAUGAAAUGGGUCCUGUCAUUGUUUCUGAAUUUAGAAGAUCUCAUGAAAUUUUGUCUGCUGGUGGUUCUAUCAAUGACUUGCUUGAGGAAAGAGAAGGAGUCUCCUCUGUUAAUAUUUAUCAAAUGAAGAGAGAAGUAGGAAAACAAGGUUAUGAUGAUUACUUAGCCAGUGAAGCUGUUGAUGAAAUGUUGGCCAAGGGCGAACUUUAUCAAGGUGAAUUGAGAGUCAAUAAGAAGCGUUUCACAACUGAGGCCUAUGUUUCAGUUGAAGGUUUUAAAAAGGAUGUCUUGGUUGAAGGCCUUAAGAAUCGUAACAGAGCAAUGCAUGGUGAUGUUGUUGCCAUUAAGAUUCAAAAGACCAAGGUUGUUGCUGGUUCUGUCAUGAGCAAUACUCAACAAGAAUCUGCUAAGAGUCCAGAAGAUACUGAACCUGCCACUGAAAAGAUUGAAGUCGUAGCAACUGAUUCUAAUCUUGAUGAGUCUGAUGAAAAUGUAAUGAUAACUGGUGUUGUUGUUUCGAUCUUGAAGAAGAAAUCACCAUCUAUUUUCCCAUGUACUUUAAUGGCUCAAGAUGAUAUUAGAGGUUACAGAUGGCUGUUACCACUCGAAAAGACCUAUCCAAAGCUCAACGUUCCUUUCGAAGAAUUUGAAAAACAAUUCAAUGCCAAAUCUAUUACUUUGGAAGAAGGUAUUUUCGUUGUUGAAAUGAAACCUUGGAAUAAGAAUUCAAACUUCCCUAAGGGUGCUAUUAUUGGUUGCCUUGGUUUGAAGAAGGAUUUGUGGAGUUUAAAGAGAGCUCUCCUCCUUCAAUACUGUCCAAUUAUGUUUGAUAAUAUUUUCUCUGAAAGAAAGGUUGAUAGAGACACUGAAAAGGAAAUUACUUCUGCAACUUCAAGUUCUGUUAUGAGUCAAUCCAUGGCAGGAUCUACUGCAGGAAGUGUCGUGGCCAAAUCUGGUCUCGAAACUCAUGCAGAUGAUGUUAAAAGAAGAAGUGAUUAUGGUCAAAAUCAAGUUGCAAACAUUGGUGAUACUAUCAGUGAUAUCAAACUUGAAUCAGUUUCUUCAGAUGAAAUUAUUCAAAUUCAAGACUGGAGAGAAUCGAGAAGAAUUUUCACUAUCGAUCCUACUGAAUCCAGAGAUCUUGACGAUGCUAUCGCCAUUGAACCAAUUCUUGAGAAUGGCCAACAACUUAACAAUGAUGCCUACCGUAAACCAUAUGCUGGUGUUCGUAAAUUCUUAGUCACUGUUGCCAUUGCUGAUGUUUCUCAAUUUGUUCCUGAAGGUUCACCAAUUGAUAAGGAAGCCAGAAAGAGAGGUACCAGUGUUUACAUGGUCAAUAGUGUUGAACAUAUGCUUGAUCCUUCAUUGUCUCAAAAUCUUUGCAGUUUGCACGGAGGUGUCAAUCGUUUUGGUGUUGCUGUUGAAUUUGUAAUUGAUAGAGAAACUGCUACCAUUGAAAAGAGUAGUAUCAAGUUUAAUAGAUGCAUGAUGAGAUCCGCAUGUCGUUUGGACUACAACAGAGCCCAAAAGAUGAUUGUUCACUACAAGAAUAAGUUCUUUAAUGGUCAAAAUGAGACUGAUCCAAAACGUAGAUAUGGUCUUGAACCAGAAGAAGUCCCAGCUGUCUAUGGCUCUUUUACCUUGGAUGAAAUUUAUGAAGAUGUUCAAAUUUUCAAUGAACUUUCUCAAAAGUUGAGAAAGCAAAGAGCUGAUAAGGGAAGUAUUUUCUUGCAAAACGAACAACUUCGUUUCGAAUGUGACAUGGAUGGUAAAGGUUUCCCAUUGAAGGUUGCCUGUGAUGAACAUAAUGAAUCCCACAUGCUCAUUGAAGAAAUGAUGUUGGUUGCUAACGAACUUGCUGCUACCGUUUUGAAUGAUCAUUUUGGUGAUGCAACCUUGUUGAGAGUUCACUCCUCUCCAAAGGUUGAAAAAUGGGCUGUCACUGUUUCAUUGCUUGCUGAUAAGAUUUACAAGUGGAAGCUUGACAAUGUUACCAGAUCAGGUAUUGCAGUUGAAGCAGAAAAGGAAAAGGCUCACGUUUUAGAUAAGUUGGAAAAGUGCGUUAAACAUGUAACAAAGGGAGCUGAAAACAAUGAGAAGCCAAUUACAAUUCAAAACAUUAUCAAUCUCCUCAUUGAAUCCACCAAGGAUUAUCCAACAUUGAUGCAUACUAUUCAACACAGUCUUUUGAGAGAAAUGCAAUUGGCUCAAUACGCCACUGUUGGAGAUUGUAAGAAGGGAAAAGAAACUACUAAGGAAAUUGUUGUUGAACCAACAGAUAUUGGCUCCAAGAGAAUGGUUCCUAAGAAGCAAUUUGAGAAUACUUGGCAUUUUGCUUUGUGCAAGGAAUUCUACACUCACUUUACUUCUCCAAUCAGAAGAUAUGCCGAUUUGGUUGUUCACAGAUUGUUGCUUCAAAUGAUUCGUGAAAAGAGACUCAAGGAAAUGAAUCAAUCAGAUGAAUCUAUUCUCAGUAAGAGAGAAACUUCCUUGUCAGCUCAAGAAAUUUCCUCCAUUGCUGAACAUCUUAAUGAUCAAGCCUAUAGAGCAAGAUUACUCCAAGACGAAUGCGAAAAGCAAUACUUGGCAUAUUAUUUGUGGCCAAAACUUUCCAAGUCUGUUGAAAGAGUUGAAGCAGUUGUCUUGUCUAUGGGUAAGAGAAGUUUCACCCUCUUUGUACCAAAAUACGGUCUCGAACUCCAAGUUAAUGCUAUGAAGCACUUCUCCCCAACUCCUACCACACUCAAGAUGGACGAAAUUGAAAUGGAAAGCCUUGUUUCAAACAGUAUUUUGAAAUUAGGAUCUCAAAGUGGUGAAGAUGAAGAUGCUCCAGUUAUUGGUGGUACUAUUAUUGAAAAAUUGACCAUCACCUGGUCUGGUGCUUCACAAGCCCUUAUUUCUGUGGAUGAUGACGAAAAUUCAGCUCCUACAGACUCUGUUCCUGUUGCCUCUCAACAUAACAAAACUAUUGAGCUCAAACCACUUAAACAAGUUCUUGUUGAUUUGGACAUUAAUACCUCGUCUGUUCCUCUUGAAAUUAUUUGUUACAAUAUUUGGGAAAAGGAUGAAAAUUUGAUCAAUAAUGAGUUCAGUAAGAAGAUUAUUGAUAAGAAUACCAAGGCUGUCUGCAGUAGAAAUGCACAUGGUUCCAAGCAAUUCUCCUCUGAUAGUACUACAGCUGUCCUCAAGAGCUCAUCAGAAGCUCAAGGCAAGCAAAUGGAAAAGCUUAUCGAUAACAUGCAAAAGAUCAAUAGAAGAAAGAAAUUCUUUGAACAAGACAAUAACAACAAUUCAUCUCCAUACACAUCAGGAGGAGGUUCUUCUUCAUCAGGCCCUAACAAUAAUUUUGAAAGAAGAGGAAAACCAUUUGCAAGAGGAGGUGGUAACGUGAAUUCAAGAGGAGGUGGUUCCAGAAGACAAUACAAUCAAUAAUUCUCUUCACGAAUAAAUUUCUUUAAAUUCAAAUCC